AUGACUAGCAUUGAUACCGACAAUGGCUUCCAACCAGCACUCAUCGUGGUUGACAUGCAAGAGGACUUUUGCCCGCCAAAUCCUCUCGGCGUCCAAGGUGGGCGCGACCUUGUCCCGCUGAUCAAUGAAAUAAUUCAAUAUCCCGGGUUUGUCGUCAGAGUCGCGACUCAGGACUUCCACCCCGCAACCCACAUCUCGUUCGCGAGCAAUCACCCGGCACCAAACAAUAACCCGUUUGAAUCGCACAUACAGAUGACAAACCCAGCUGUUGUUGGCUCAGACCCAACAGCGACAAUCGCUCAGCGGCUAUGGCCCGCCCAUUGUGUCCAGAACACGCCCGGCGCGGAGAUACUACCCGCCAUCAGGAUGGACAAGAUUGAUGCGGUGGUGAAGAAAGGGAUGGAUGAGCGGGUGGAGAUGUAUUCUGCGUUUGCGGAUGCGUUUGGGAAUAGAGACUGUAAGGCUACGGGCGGUGCGAGUGCGGACCUAGAGGCGAUUCUGAGAGAGAAGGGGGUUACGGAUGUGUUUGUGGUAGGCCUUGCGGGGGAUUACUGCGUCAAACACACGGCGAUUGAUGCGGCGGAGAGGGGGUUCAAGACCUUUGUGAUUGAGGAAGGGGUCAAGUGUGUUGAUGCGGUGAGCGGGUGGCAGGAGGCCAAGGUUGAAUUGGCGGCGCGGGGUGUCAAGGUAGUUGGGCUUGACGGCCUGGAGGUGGGAAGAGUCAAGGUAGGGAUAUAA